GAACAUCCAUAAACGGAGAGUUAGCCAAAGCGUUGUUUCCACUCUCACGUUCCUCGUUUUGUAAUCAUGAAUCGGCCCUUUAUGCACCAGGAAGUGCCUCUGAGCAUCAGAACGCUACAGGCCGUGGGCAUCACGGUGAGCGCGUUCCUUGCAGGCCAGCAGGCCUCGCUCACGUACAUCGCCACGCCCGCUCUGCUGCAGAGCCCUGCCCCUCUCCUUGUCAGACAGUGGAAGAAGUGCUUCGACAUCUCGCGCGGUGUCGAGACGAUGGCAGCCCUCGGUCUUGGCGCUCUAUUCGGGUAUCUCGCGUACAGAGAGCCGUCAAGCUCGACAUCCUCCUUUAGGCUGUACGCGGCAGCUGCGGUGCUUCUGCCUUCGACCGUGCCAUACACGAUGGUGCUCAUGCAGCCCAUCAAUGCGAAGCUCCUCCAUCGCGCCGAUACCAUGGCCGCCUCGGCGAUCACGGACGCCGCAGCGGAGGCUGGCGUCGUGCAGGAGGAGACCGCGCACGCCUUGGUCGACAAGUGGGCGACGCUGCAUCUCGGCCGUGCCUUGAUCGCAGCCGCGGGCGCCUUGAGCGCGACGUGGGCCACCCUCUCCGCCGUCGAGGUCCUCGGCUUUGAGAAGAUAGGUCUCGCAUCGGGGGCCAACCGCAUUUAGCCUCUUAAUGACAAAGCGGCCAUGGUUACGUCAAACGAAGAACAAAAAUUUGUCUUUUGUAGGAUAAGAAUGAAUAGCAUUGUGCUUUGCCUUUGUUAUGACACGCAGUACGUGGGCAGCAGAUGGUCUCUACGGCUUUAAGCAUUGAGACUCGUCGUUCGAGUGUGAUUCAAUCUUAAGCACAGCUAUCUGUCCAGACGUAAAACACAUCCUCAUAGACUUGACUAUCUUGCAACUUUUAAACCUAAGGCCGUUAUACAUCACGUGGUCUACGUACUCCUUCCGAAGUUCAGCAUUCAUGAGGCCCUUUGGCUUGCUCCUCCUAGCUGGCUCCAUCGCCACAAGAUCAAUACACUUUCAACCUCCUCUAAAGCGCGUUCUCAACAUGUUUCGCUCUUCUCACCUUUCCAGACAGUCCGAAACAUCCUCCAUACUCUCUCCAAGGCUUCAAAGUUAAGAACACAGGUAUAUAGACCAGAGUUUAGAAGAGAGCUGAAUCAUCGCAUUAGCAGAAGAAUCAUCGCCAUGCGUUGCAACGAGGAACUUGUCUGAAAACAGCCCCCAAUCGAUUAUUUAGAACAUCACUUGUGCCUUCAUUACCAGCUAACAGCAAAGCAUUCCAAGCUCAGCAUGAGAGGCCAUGACUUGGGUAUGCACACCGGACGAUCCUUUCAGCGUAUGCUAGAUGAGUUUCCACUUCCGCCAAUGGAUGCUUGUCCAUCCCGUCGUCGCCCUUGCAAAGCC